UAAAAAGACUGACCUCCAUCUUAGCUAGUUUCGUACUGAUACGCAAUCCCCUGCUCAGUCCUCGAUUACUGUACUGAUUUUACACUCGGAAAUUUGACACAUUUUUGUGCAACUUAUUAUAUCUUCCUCUAUCCAUCUUUCUGUCUUACACUUCUUCUUUUCCUCUCUCAAUCAUUACACUUGUUUGCAGUUACAAAAUCGAAUUUAAGUAUGUCAUUUUUAUGUAGUAAUGAACAAAAUCCCCAUUUGAUUCAAAAUUGACAACGAUCGUUAAGAGAGAGAGAAAGUGAGAAAGAAUGCAAAUUUACAGAGAAGAAAUGUAUUGCCACCCAAAUUACAUCUUCAGGGGAGAUGAAAAUAGUACGCAUAACACAGGAGAGCUUGAACACCCAGUUGUUUUCCACCAACAAUAUGCGGUUAAUUUAAGCAGAAGUGGUCUUUGCGGUCUAAGAUCAGGCAACAUCGCCUUUCCUUCAAGUCUACCUUUUGGGGCAUCAAACGGGAAUAAUUAUUUGGCACCGGCAUCGGUGGCGGAGACGGUGGAGGCAGUGGCGGAGAAAAGAGGGCAGUUGGAGUAUUGGGGUGAGUCUGGUGUUGCCAUGGCUGAUACUAGCCAACACACUGAUACCUCUACAGAUGUUGACACUGAUGACAGAAAUCAGUAUCACGUAAUUCAGAAUGGAGCAGUGGUUGACUCAACAGAUCAAUCCAAGGGAAGGACCGACGACCCAAAGACUCUUAGAAGACUAGCUCAGAAUCGAGAAGCUGCAAGAAAAAGUCGAUUAAGAAAGAAGGCUUAUGUUCAGCAACUAGAGAGCAGUCGACUGAAGCUUGCACAAUUAGAACAAGAGCUUGAUAGAGCUCGUCAGCAGGGUUUCAUGGUUACAGGAGCUGGAAGUGAACCAGGCCAUUCAUUAGGAACUAAUGGAGUUGUGGCAUUUGAUGUACAUUAUGGGCAUUGGCUUGACAAGCAUCAAAGGCUGAUCAAUGACACAAGAUCAGCACUGAAUUCACACGCGUCUGAUGAUGAGCUACGAGUACUUGUUGAGAGUUUAAUGUCAAAUUUUGAUGAGUUAUUCCGGAUUAAAGGCACAGCAGCAAAGUCCGAUAUAUUCCACUUGUUGUCUGGCAUGUGGAAGACUCCGGCUGAGAGGUGUUUCAUGUGGCUAGGUGGAUUUCGCUCCUCAGAAUUGCUGAAGAUACUAGUGAACCACCUUGAACCUCUGACAGAGCAGCAAUUGAUGGGAAUAUGCAAUUUGCAGCAAUCCUCUCAACAAGCCGAGGAUGCUUUAUCACAAGGAAUGGAAGCGCUGCAACAAUCCCUUGUUGAUACACUUUCUGCAAACUGUCUCAGUCCAUCUAAUACUGGAGUUGUUGCUGAUUACAUGGGUCAAAUGGCGAUUGCUAUGGGCAAGCUUGCCACACUAGAGAACUUUGUUCACCAGGCUGAUCUUUUGAGGCAGCAGACUUUGCAACAAAUGCACCGCAUAUUGACAACCCGUCAAGCAGCUCGAGCACUCCUUGUUAUCCACGAUUAUACUACGCGUCUAAGGGCACUUAGCUCUCUUUGGCUUGCUCGUCCCAAGAACUGCGAUGCUUAAUUUUAGGCCGGUUUUACUAAAGACAGCUUUUUUUAGGUUGUCUAGUUCAUUUCUGACAACACUAAUUCUUAGUGUGCUUCCUAAUGUAGUUCGGUCAUGUAAGUGGUAAAGGCCUAUAUGGUAUAACAAAGUACCAAAUGCAAGGCAUCGUGUAAAAUAUGUCAAACAGUGAUGCCUUGGAUCAUUUUUCCUGGAUAUCUUCAAAAACUAAUCUAAAAUUGUAAGGCGUAACCAUCUUUGUAUUGACUAAAUUUUUUUUUCCAGUAUAUUUCCACUAGCGCAAUUUAUGAA